GACCCAAAAAUCCUUAUUGCUAAAGUCGAAAAAAUAAUCGUCAAAGUGGUCAGCAAAAAUUGAACAUUUUCGUUCCUAUUGACUUUUAAAUGAACGAUGCCGAUUCCACCGGGUUUUUAUCAAGAAGAACUUAACAGAACUGUGUGGGUUGUGCCAUCGCGGUACCAGGAGCUUGCGUCAAUUGGCGUUGGUGCAUACGGACAAGUGUGCUCUGCAAAUGAUACAAACGAUGGCCAGAUGGUUGCUGUCAAAAAGCUAUCACGCCCUUUUCAGUCAAUAAUCCAUGCAAAAAGAACCUACAGAGAGUUGCAGCUGCUCAGACAUCUAAAGCACGAAAACGUGAUUGGUCUCAUCGACACCUUUACAACAGCUGCAACUUUGGAAAAUUUUGAUGAUGUUUAUCUUGUGACACCAUUGAUGGGAGCAGACUUAAAUAGUGUUGGAAAGGUUCAACAUCUAUCAGACGAUCAUGUACAGUUUCUAAUUUAUCAGGUUCUACGCGGUCUUAAGUAUGUUCAUUCAGCUGGAAUCAUUCAUAGGGAUUUAAAACCAAGCAAUAUAGCUGUCAAUGAAGACUGCGAAUUGAAGAUCUUAGAUUUUGGAUUAGCUCGAAUGGCUGAUGAAUCAAUGACGGGGUAUGUUGCAACGCGUUGGUACCGUGCACCUGAGAUCAUGCUCAACUGGAUGCAUUACAACCAAACAGUCGACAUCUGGUCAGUCGGGUGUAUCAUGGCCGAACUGUUAACAUCAAAAGUAUUGUUUCCUGGCAAUGACCAUAUUGACCAGCUCACGAAAAUCAUGCAACUGGUUGGAAAGCCAUCUCUUGAUUUUCUGGCAAAAAUAACAAGUGAAAGUGCCAUAAGCUAUAUCAAAUCCAUGCCAGAGUACAAAAAAAGGCCAUUCUCAGAAGUAUUUAUCGGGGCGAAUCCUUUAGCCAUUGAAUUGCUUGAGCACAUGCUAGUGCUGGAUCCGGACCACCGAAUCACAUCCGACGAUGCAAUUAAGCACCCGUAUUUAGCAAAAUACCAUGAUCCGGAUGAUGAGCCGACAGGUGAAACUUUCACAGACGAAUACGAAAAUGCUGAUCUAGAUAUUGACCAGUGGCGAGAAUUAACUUUCAACGCCAUAAAAAGUUUUCGAAAUGAGGAAAUGGACACUGCAUAAUUCUCAUGCCGUUGCUAUUGGUAAUUUGAUCAUUGGCGAAAGAAAUUCAUGUAGCCUCUUUUUCAUCUGUGUAUAACUGCUGGACUCACCUGCAGAUUUUCCUAACCAAUCAAAUUACUUUUCACAAUAUUUUGUAUUAGAGCAGGUUCUUAGUCGCCAUUUCUGAAAAUUAUUCAGUUUUAAACUUGAUAAAUUGUUUUUAGAUAUGGUAAAGGGAAUAAUAUUUGAUGUGGAAUUACCAAAGUCAAUGCCGACUUUAUGUAGACAGGCUAAGAAACUGUGUUAUUAUGUGAAAGGCAGAGAUCUGUCGAUUUAGUGUAGGGUAAUAUCAUCGAUAAUGGAAGCCAGAAUUGUGGUAUUCUUUUGUAGAGACUAAACAUUAGAUAAAACUUGACAGAAUUAAUUGAGUUUACUUGUUACAGCCCAUAACUAAAACACUUUCUAGCAUCUUGAAAAUCUACAUUUUUGUAUUAAUUGCGAAGUAAAAGUUAAAUUUAGUUGCUUUUCAGAAGAGAAAAACCCUCUUUAGUUUAAUUUCUUAUGUAUUAUCUUCCCCAAAACAUUUUUGGGCAUUCUCACUAAUAUUGAAGUUUCAAGAUAUGACCUGUCCAAAUUUAGUUGUGUUGAUUUGUUGCCGUCAUCCUUCCACUGAGGCGAUUUAAAAGAUUUUAGCAUCUUUUUGGAAUAUUAUGUUUGUCACUCGUUCAAAAUAUUUCGCCAUUUAUCAUGACGUCAUUCAUAAAAACUACAAACAGCUGUUUUUGAGGAUGUGUAUUGCAAUAAUCUCGAACAAUUUCGUUAAAAUAGAAUAACAUCUAAAUAUGAGAUGCAAAACUCUUAUGUAGGUCACUUUUGAAACAGUGGUGGCGCCAGAGGGGGGGCAGGGGGGGCUACAGCCCCCCCGUCGGAGGAGGCUAGCCCCUCCGUCGGAAGAUAAAUUAUGCUUGAAUUUUUUUUGUCGGAGCGAAUUUUUUAAGUUUUGGCGGAAAUAGAAAUUUCUAAAAGGACUGUUAUCAGAAUUCAGGAAGCUCAUCCCAAAACAACUCAUCGACACAUCAAUUUCAUGGUAAAUAAUAAUCUGUUAUAAGAAGUUUGAAUUGGUUGUUUAGAUGUUCAGUACCAGGUGUUUUCCGCAUGCUGUUAAAUUUGAUCUUAUGUUAUGGAUAGUGCAGUUCGUCCAAAUCUUGCUUGCUAUAACCAACCUACAACAUCGGAAUAUUUUUGUGCGAUAGCGAUAUGGCAACAAAUGUUACCCGUUUCAGUGUUAGAUGUAGUAUAUGUAAUGACGUAUUUAACAAUGAUUACGCUGCCCGCCACACGAAGUCCAAGCACAAAGAUUUGGCUGCAAUGGGAAGGACUGCUCCUACGACGGCAAUAGUUGAAACGGACUCGCAGCAGAGAAAAAUAAAAACAUUUUUUCAAUCAAAAGGCGGUACUUUUCCAAAGAAACGAAAGGUUAAUGAUUUUGAAACUGAAAGAACAACAGAAGACCCCGAAGAACAAGAAGUUGAAAUUUCGAAAAUUCAAGACGAAGAGCAAAUCGAACGUGGUAUGUUAUACGUUUUAAUAUUUAAGUCCUUUUAAUACGAGGAAAAACACUUAGCAAAGGGCUUCAGCCAUAAAAACAAUCAAACUCAUUUACGUAGUAGCUAAGCCAUUUUACCCCAUCCCAACCAUACAUAUUUGUAGUGUUUUGCUUCUACGUACACGUUUUUUUAUUUAUAAGAAACUUGACUCAAGCCCAGAGUACUAAUAGUUUCCAAAUUUCUUAUUUUUUACUAUUUUUAAGGGGAUACUGCCGAAGAAGCAGCGGAUCGCUUGGAAUUGCCGGAAGAAAAAAGACCACCAAGAAAGAGGGCAACGCCUGCUUCUCUUCGAGAGUUUGUUGUGGAAGCAUCUUCAGAGCCUCAAGUAGCAAGCGGGUUUGAUGGCUACGUACAAAAUGUCAAAGAAAUACUAAACAGAACAACUGCAGAACUUUGCAAGCGGUUUGACGAAAAAAACAUAAAGAUCAUGAAAGGCAUAACUGCAUUGGCCCCCAAGUCGAAAAGCUACUUGGACCCAACAACUCUUGUCAAUUUUGCUGAGCUUUUUCAGUCUGAAAUUGGUGCACUACGCAGUGAAAUUGCCACAUUUAAAUAUAUGCUCUCAAGAAAAGAAGAAAAACACCGCCCAAGCACACUUCUGCAACUAGAGGCACACUUGGAAAAGCUAAAUGAAGCUUUCUUUGAGCUGCACCGGCUUGUAUCCAUCGCAUGCACUUUGCCAGUCUCUUCAGCCGAAUGUGAACGCAGCUUCAGCUCUAUGCGCCUCAUCAAGAGUGAUCUGCGCUCACUUAUGAAGGACGAGCGUCUAGACAGUCUGAUGAUGCUAGGUAUUCAUCGUGCCCGUGGAAGUGCUCUUGACUUGGACUCAGUAGUAGACAGAUUUAAGGCUAAGUUCCCGAAGAGUAGAAUUGCUCUGUGAAACAAUUUUGAUUCUUGGACUUGAAUUUUCGAUAUGUAGAAGUGCGUAUUCCACCGCUUAGGUCUGUUCCUAUAAAGUUACGUUGUGUUCCAGUUUUCCUUAAGUUCAGUUGGUUGCUUUUUAUUUAAAUUCAUACUUUCCAAAGAUAGGCCCUACUUGAAUUGGCAACGUUUGAUGAGUUGUAAAGAUUUAGAGUAGUUUUAAGCUUAUCUAGAGGCAGCUUUCAAAAAAAUUUCCAGGGACGCCGGAGAAGGGGGGCGCGGGGGGGCAAGCGCCCCUCCUGCCCUUUGCUAGGAGGGGCAAGGGAGGGGGCAAACGUGCCCUUAGUAAUAUGUCAAAAAACGUAGUAAAAAACACGAUUACACCAUUUUGAUAGCAUUUUUAGCCAAUCUAAUGGGUGUAGCCACCAAAAUUUUCCCGGGGGAGUACCCCCGGACCCCCCGAAUUUUCGGCUCGCAACGCUCGCCUUCGGUCUCCAGUACCCUUACAAUUCCUUGUCGCCCCCUAGCCCUAUCGUUCUCUAAAAAAAUUAGCCCCUCCGUCGGAAGUGCUAGCCCCUUUGUCGGAGGAAACCUAGCGCCACCACUGUUUUGAAAUUUCAAACCUUUGUAUACCUUGCAACAAGAUUGCCGAGCCCACAUAUUCUGCAGCUGAAAAUAUUUGAAGGAUAGAUCUACAGCAACUGUGUUUUUCACUUUUUACUUCAUCGAUAUAUUUAAUAACUUUAUUUCAUCGUUACAUAGCAGAAAAUUGUCUCCUUCACUUCUCAGCUUGCUUUUAAUUAAUCUUGAAAUAAUGCCAAGCGUUAUGUUGUAGUCAAAUCUUUUUAAAUGUUUCUCAUUUAAUCAAUAUUUCCCAAAAAAUAACAUUGUAACAUUGGUUUCUAGAAUGAAAUCAUUUAUGCUGAUUUUUUCCUACCAACUACAAUGUUCCGUUGUUCCAAUUUUUUGUUUUUGAACCUGGAAAGUAACUGACGUAAAGUGCACAAAUAUCUUAAGUUCUUGUGGUGUGGCUAAAAUGAAAUGAUAAGCGUAGUAUUUAUUUAUUAGUAAAAAAAAUUAAAAACAAAACUCUGCUUUUAUAAAACUUCGAAAUAUUGUGACCACAAAAAUAUUUUUGGCAUGAAUGGUGGCUGCAUAUUAUGGAGUUUUCCAUCGAAAAUGCAUUUUCGAUCUGAAUAUGGGGGUGGGGGCGGGGGAGCGAAUGGCCAUUGUUUGUGUAAUUUGAAGGCAGCCGCAAGAGGACUUGGAAUUUUUAGUUUCGUUUGAUAGGUCUUAUUCUCUCGAGGUUCCUUUUCAAAACGUUUCUUCUCCUUGUCCGUCUGCUAGAACUUAAUUUGUGAUGUUAUAAUUUAAUAUGUCCAUCAACUAUAUAUACUCCUAGGGAAAUUUGAUAUUCUUGCUGAAAUAAGCUUAAUUAAAAGACAUUGAAAGUAUACUUUUAUGCCUUGCUUUUUUUAAGAAGCCUUUCUUAUUUUCAAGUAUUGCUGCUCACUUUUGAGAUGCAUGGCUCAGAUAAAACUUCAGGUCGAAACGAGAAAAGUGGCUGACAAUUUUGAUAAAAGACUAGAAGUUUAUAGAAUAGAUAGAAGUUUAUGAUUUAAAUCUUUGAGCCCAAUUGCAUCCCCUUAAAAUAAUUUAGCAAAUUAAGAAGGCCUUUUCUUAAGCCUAUUACGUGUUGAAAUUAGAGUUGAAUGCUAGUCAGUAGAUAAACAUCUUUCCACUUUAUUUGAAUGCCCCUCACAGCUGCAGAAUUUGAAUUUGAAUUUAUUUCUACUACAUCUGUUUUUAUUUGAUAGAUAAUGGGCCACUUCUUUUAAAAUCGUACGAAAAUGUUCUAGUAUUUUGAAAAAAGCAUUUAUUUUCGUGCUCGAUAGAAUUCCCCUUAUCCCUUGCAUUUCGUCAAAUUUCUAAUUUGCCUAAUCCCUUGCAUUUCGGGCAAAGACAUUUCUAUUUACUUCCCAAUAGACGUCAAUGACUGCCUUUCGUAUCGAUUUAAAUGUUUCAAUGUUUCCCAGCUUAACGUUUUCUAACGAGAGGAACCCAGUGGGAAAUUCUCUUCACAUUGAGAAGUAAUCUAUUUUUACUCACUCCUAUUUCGCUAAAAUUCUACUCUUAUUACUGCAAAUUCUACUCUUAAUUUUUCAAAUUCUACUUUUAAUACCUAUAACAAACCAUACUUUUCAAUUUCCCUAUUUUGUUUACAUUCUGAUGAAACUUUCAAGGAUACGCUAUCUUUGUAACAUAAUGGGAUGCAUAGAAAUUGUGGCUAAAAUCAUUUGGAUCGAAACACAUAUCUUGAGUAGCUCAAAGGGUUUAUGCAGAGGUUAAGUUGUGUUUUAUUUUCUGGUUGUUUUCGUAAAUUUAACUGUAAAGCAGUCGUUUACAGAAUGCCUGUGUAGACAUUUUUCACCGACUUUGAGUCUGCAUGAUAUAAGAAAACAAUGGUACAAAACGACAAUUUUUCAUUUACAUCUGAGCGUAUAUAAAAUAUAGCACAAAUUUUCAAUACAUGUCCAGGCAACACAUCGCAACAGGCUUCUAAGCAAUGAGCUUGAAUGCAGGUUUAAUUAUCUUGUUGGCAUUUGUAGAUUUUGUAAAGCCCAAUGCUUCUUCUGUAUUUGCAACUUAGGCCGCUUUGGCAUGGACACCUUCGGACGAUGCGAUCAAGAGCCGCCUG